UGACCGUGGUGCGCCAGUGGCAGCAACAACAGCAGCAGCAGGACGAGUCAGCUGUGUUGCUAGUUAAAUUAUGCCUUUCCUUCUAAUGUGCCACGAAGUAUAAUUGAAUCGGAAUUGGACGUGAAGCCUCCCUGUACUGCCUCGUUCAAAAUGUCGUCGACAUUUACACUACACGACGAAACAUCCAGUCAGCUUAAUAAGUUUGAGAAACUAUCAUGGUGGCCCUCCAGUCGAGAUUCAGGUUUCAAAAAGCGGGCACGCUGGCUCCAGGCGAGGCGCAUCUUUUCUCAGGCAUCCCCCAACCUGCGCAUUCCUAACAGGUUUCUAAGAGAAGGGCCGUGUGUGCCCUCAGCUCGCAGUGGACACCGCUGUGUGGCGGACAGCACCAACCUUUAUGUGUUUGGAGGCUACAACCCGGACUUUGAGGAGGCGGGUGGGGCGGAAAAUGAAGACUACCCACUCUUCAGGGAACUUUGGAGGUUUCAUUUUGCCACAGCAACCUGGCACCGCGUUCAGACGGAGGGUUACAUUCCUACAGAACUCGCUUCCAUGUCUGCUGUAUUCCAUGGCAACAACCUGCUCGUGUUUGGCGGCACUGGGAUUCCUUUCGGUGAAAACAACGGCAACGACGUCCACGUUUGCAACGUUCAGUACAAACAAUGGAACCUGCUCCCCUACCGAGGGACGAAGCCCAACAAGAUCUACGGCCAGGCAAUGGUCAUCCUAAAUGGCUACCUGUAUGUUUUUGGAGGGACAACAGGUUACCUUUACAGUACCGACCUGCACAGGCUGGACCUCACAACCAAAGAAUGGAUCCACCUCAAGCCCAACAAUGCCCCCACAGAUCUCCCUGAGGAGAGGUACAGACAUGAACUCGCUCAUGAUGGAAAGCGGAUAUACAUAUUAGGAGGCGGGACUUCCUGGUCAUCAUAUCGCUUGGACAAGAUUCAUGCAUAUAACUUGGAGACAAACUACUGGGAGGAAAUAGUCACCAAACCCCAUGAAAAACUAGGAUAUCCAGCUGCCCGUCGCUGCCACAGCUGUGUGCAGGUCCAAAAUGAGGUGUUUAUAUGUGGCGGCUACGACGGUCAGCUGAUCAUGCCCGAUUUAUGGAAGCUCAACCUUCGCACUUUCCAGUGGACCAAGCUACCCACCAUCAUGCCAGAGCCUGCCUACUUCCACUGCGCUGCCGUGACGCCGGCGGGGUGCAUGUAUGUCCACGGCGGCGUGGUCAACAUGUCUGGCAAUCGAAGGACGGGCUCGUUGUACAAAGUGUGGCUGGUGGUGCCCAGUCUGCUGGAACUGGCCUGGGAAAGACUGCUGAAGAUGCAGCCUCACUUGGCACAGCUCUCCACGCUGCAGCUGCUCAACAUGGGACUAACACACACACUCAUUGAGCGACUGAAGUAGGUGGAGCUCAAACCUCGGCCUGUUAUGUGAUUGGUCAGCCUUGCAUGGAUAUUGGACUUGCAGAUCGCCUUCAAGAACUAGUCUCAUUUUGUGAAUGUGUUUUCGUUCGACAUCUGUGUAGUGUCUCACGCUGAGAUGAGCCGUUUUUGGAUUGUUUUUUUUUUUAAUCUAAAAAAAACAAAACAGGCUGAGUGUGCCCGUACAGCCUUGUAUGAUACCAUUUUUAUGGCCUCACGACUCGUUUGCAUUGAACAAAUUGACUUUGUGUUUAAUGUUGCAGUAACAAAAAACAAAAACCAAACAAAAACAUGAAGUCAUGUAAGUGACGCAAGAAAAAACCCAAACCCUCAACGAUAUUUAAAUGUUUUGGUGUAUUGCAUGCCAUCACUGUGACUUUUCCAGUGCCUCGUCUUAUAGCUGUAUUUUACACCAUAAAUUAUAAAAGAAUACAGUGUAGCUUCACACCAGUCCUUCAUUUUUUUAAUUGGUGCCUUUUUUUAAAUGCUGUAAAUCCACCCUGAACUGUGUCCAUUUUAAUGAUUUACUUGGUGCUGGAAGCCAGUCAGAAGGUUUUCUUGAGUUGUUUUAAUCACUGUGCUGCUGCUGUUUUUACUUUGAAUUGACACUUUUUGAGUGUUUUUUUUUUUUUUACCAUACCCAAUUUUCUUCUCACUUCCGUGUCUGAACGCCACAAUGUGUACACAGGAUUUUAUUAUUUAUAUUUUUUGUGGCAUUGUACUUUUUUUUUUUAAGCAGCAAAAAUGUAUUUUUUGAAAAGCACACAGUAUCUUGUGUAAUUAAACAGAGUCCAUUUUCACAUUGACACUUUACAGCAAGUCUCCUUAAAUGGGAUGGUAUGUUCCGACUAGGCCUUGCUUGAGAUAGAUGAUUAUAUUUGUGAAAUGAUCUCUCCUGCAUGUCGCUGCAUUGUACGUGAACGUCUCCUCACACAUUUGAUGAUGUACAUUUUUUUUUUUAUUCCUGUCUGUGCAAUAAAACUCAGCCAGACAUUUUUUUCCA